AUGGUGUUCGGCCAAUACCAGUAUACAAUUAAGAAGUCGUUACGAGGAAAUCCGAUAAUAUCUAUAGAUGGAUAUCGUUUUUCCAGGAGAUAUGUUAACCAGAACAAAGCAAAGGUUCGCUGGCGAUGUUCCACACACCACAGCCUGAAAUGCAGAGCUGUUGUGUUCACAGUGAAGGGAGAAGUAGUAUAUACGUAUUCGUUGCAUUCCCUUAAGAUGGACUCGUCGUGUCUGAGGAGAAGGUGGAGAUGUUCCACUCAUACCAGCAAAGGAUGUCUUGGGAAGCUGACCACUUUGAAUGACAAGAUCAUAAAAAUAAAUGCCGUGCACAACCAUCAGCCAGUGAUGAAUUAA